AUGCUUAUAGAUUCGAAACAAGCAGCCAGUAACUAUGCGGCAGGACUUCGAAUAGCCAGUCUUUUUUCUGAAUAUGUUUUAUUAUAUCCACUUGAUGUACUAAGACGUCAGACUCAGAUUAACAAUGAAGCAAUGAAAUAUCAUCUUACACCUGUUACUGUUUUUCCAGUAUUAUUCAAAAUCUCAGCUCAAGGUCCAGCUAGUCAAUGGAAAGGGAUCUUAAGUUCACUUGCCUAUCACGGUCUAGUCAUUGCAACAGAUAAUUUUAUACAAGAAAUUCUACCUGCUAAAAAAACUAAAGAUAGUCGUACAAGUAAAAUUCGCCGGAUUAUACGCGACGUACUUGUUCGAACAGUUGCUUAUGCUAUUGUAUCGCCUAUUUACUAUGUAAUGAUUAUCGAAAGUGUACAGAGUAUAAGUGCAUCAGAUGGAAAUAUGCUUGAUGGUUUACGUGAUACAUUAAUUCGUUUUAUUCCGAUGACUAAUCCAUCACGAGCUAAAAUGUUACCAAUAUGGAAAAUAUUACUUCCAUCAAUUGGUCUAAUGACUGGACGUUAUUUAUGUCAAAAAAUUUUAUAUAAAAUUAUUUUACCAACAUUAAAUGCUAUUCAAGAAACAGAUAGAUAUAGAAAAAUAAAACAACGACGAAUGGCACAUUUAUCGAUUGAUGAAGAUUAUGAAUUGGAAGAAAAUGUUCUUCUGUUUGAAACGACAUAUGCAUCGAUCAUUGCUCGUGUUGCAUCAGCAUUUUUAUCACAAGCUAUAUUUUAUCCAAUUGAAACUGUUGUUCAUCGUCUUCAUGUGCAAGGUGUUCGUGCAAUUAUCGAUAAUACAGAUACGGGCGUCGGUGUAUUGCCAAUUAAUUCAAGUUAUUCUGGUUUCAUGAAUUGUUUAAGAUCAAUCGAAGAAACAGAAGGCAGUUCAGGACUUUACAAAGGUUUUGGUUGUAUUUUAUUGAAAUUUUCGUUUUUAUACGGUGGCAUGUUAUUGGCACAUGGCGUAGCUAAAAAAUUUAUUCAACCGACAUCAUCCCCUAUUCAAUCACCAAUGACCCAAUCACCUCCAAAUUGGAAACAAACACCAUUAACCACAGCAGAUUCAGAGGCAACAAGAAGAUGGUAG